CCCUGAUUGCAAUGUGUGUGUGGCGGUGAGUACAGGCGGAGCACAUAGAGGAUGGAGCAGAGGGACCGAGGAGCAGCCACCUCAGAUCUCAUGCCCAAAGCAUCACCUUCCGCGCGAGAAGAUUCGCUUUCACUCCACGCGCAGAGUUUGGAUUCCGCUCGCGUGCAUUCGCGUCUUCGCUGACAGCAGCUGCGCGUCGGUCCGCUUCUGCCGUCUGUCUGUGAACACAGCGCCGGUUCUGGCUUUUAUGUCCCGGUGAAAUUCUACUGAAAACAGGGAGGGGGGGGGGAACACCUAAAAAAACAACAACAACCAAAAAAAAACCCAGUGUGAUACAUUUCACGCGAGGUUUCACACAUUCAGCUGGACUGCAAAGUCGCUCCUCCAAUCGAAAUGGAUGAAGACAAUCAUGUCCCUGAGGAUCUGUCCCUGGAGGAGAGGGAUGAGCUGUCCAGCAUCCGGCGGAGGAAGAGGGAGCUGCUCGAUGACAUUGAGAGGCUGAAAUUUGAGAUCGCAGAAGUCAUGACAGAGAUUGAACAGCUGACGUGUGUCGGGGAAAGCAAAACGUCCCAGAGGAACAAGCAGAUUGCCAUGGGCAGGAAGAAAUUCAACAUGGAUCCCAAAAAGGGAAUCCAGUUCCUGCUGGAGAACGACCUGCUCCAGAACACUCCGGAAGACAUCGCCCAGUUCCUCUACAAAGGCGAGGGCCUCAACAAAACCGUCAUCGGGGACUACUUGGGCGAGCGGGACGACUUCAACAUCAAGGUGCUUCAGGCUUUUGUGGAGCUGCAUGAGUUCGCCGACCUGAACCUUGUCCAAGCGCUGCGGCAGUUCCUGUGGAGUUUCCGUCUGCCAGGUGAAGCCCAGAAGAUCGACCGCAUGAUGGAGGCGUUUGCCUCGCGCUACUGCCAGUGCAACCCUGGAGUCUUCCAGUCCACAGAUACCUGCUAUGUGUUGUCAUUCGCUAUCAUCAUGUUGAACACCAGUCUACACAAUCCAAACGUCAGAGACAAGCCCCCCGUCGAGCGUUUCAUCUCCAUGAACAGGGGAAUCAAUGAAGGAGGUGAUCUGCCAGAAGAGCUUCUCAGGAAUCUUUACGACAGCAUCAAAAAUGAGCCCUUCAAAAUCCCAGAGGACGACGGGAACGACCUGACACACACAUUCUUCAACCCGGACAGAGAGGGCUGGCUCUUAAAGCUGGGCGGCAGAGUCAAAACGUGGAAGAGAAGAUGGUUCAUCCUAACUGACAACUGCCUCUACUACUUUGAAUACACAACAGACAAAGAGCCUCGCGGGAUUAUUCCCCUUGAAAACCUCAGCAUUAGAGAGGUGGACGAGCCCAGGAAACCAAACUGCUUUGAGCUCUACAAUCCCAGCCACAAAGGUCAGGUCAUCAAGGCCUGCAAGACAGAGGCAGACGGGCGGGUGGUGGAGGGCAACCACGUGGUGUACAGGAUAUCGGCCCCGACCCCGGAGGAGAAGGAGGAGUGGAUCAAGUCCAUCAAGGCGAGCAUCAGCAGGGAUCCGUUCUACGACAUGCUGGCCACCAGGAAGAGGAGGAUAGCCAAUAAGAAAUGAUGACUGUAUAUCUGGAACUGAGAGUCACUCUGUCUGUGUGUGUGUGUGCGUGCGUGUGUGUGCGUGUGUGUGUGUGUGUGUGUGCGUGUGCAUGCGUGUGUGUGUGCUUGUGUAUGUGUUUUAUUUUUUUUCUACGGAUGUUGUGAAGGUCUCCCAUUCAGUAAUUUCAGGGCUGAAGGACAAGCACAGGCGCAAGGGAUUCUGGGUCAUUUCUGGCCCUGGACUGUUAGCAUCUCAAGUCUUUUCUGAUGCCAAAGCGAGGAAGAGGAGAGGAAGUGCGAAUGAACUCUUCACCAAGCUGAGUUACAGUGAAGAACAGCAGAAGAAGAGACGGCUUUGACUGUAAUAAGGGAGCUUUUACUCUGCAAUGUUUGGGAGAGACUUCCCUCUGCUGGGCUCCUAAGGAAUUGAACAUACUUCACCUUAUGCAGUGCCUUGCAAAAGUUUCCCUAGAGCUUUUUCACAUUUUCUUUACUGUAUUUUAUCUGGAUUUUAUGUGACAGACCAACACAAAGUAGUGCAAAAUGGUGAUAAUAAAAGGUUUUGAUUAUUUUUACUGAUGAUCUGAAAAAUGAAGCAUGGAGUUGAUCUUAGCCCCACAGCCUAACUGCUCUACCAGCUUUGCACUGGUCUGAAAUUGUUGCCCAUUCUUCUUUGUAAAACAGUUGAAGCGUAGUCUGAUUGAAUAGAGCGUUUCAGAACAUCGGCCUUAAAAAAUGACGGCAUUAGGGCCAUUAAAAGAAAGAAGUAGGAGUACGUUUCUGCCAAAAAACUUUUAAUCAAACAAUUUUCUAGAAGAAACAAGAACA